AUGCCCCCACACCGGAUCAGGACCACCAAGGGCUCAUGCUGGCCGUGCAAGAAGCGCCGCGUCAAAUGCGACCUCGCCAAGCCGGCCUGCCGGCGCUGUGCCUCGUCCGGCACGGCGUGCGACUACAGCAGCCGCCUGAUACGGUGGAGCACCCGGCCGAGCAGCAGCAUCCCCCGGGGCGAGGCGCGCCUGGCCGUGCCCCUCGACGCGUGCGAGCGGCGCGCCCUCGACUACUUCCACCGCCGCGUCUGGCCCCUCCUCACCACGAGCAAGGAGCCCUGCGCCGCCCCGACGCCGGUCGCCCUGGAGCACCGCGUCGUCCUCCUCGCGGCGUGCGUGCUGUCCGACUCGCACAGGCGGCUGCAGGACGGCGGGUCCCGUGGCCAGGACGCCCCCGGCAAGCGGCGCCUCGAGUGCCUCGCUGCCGUGAGGACCGAGAUCGCCAGCUGCUGCGUUGACGUGCAGGGAACUGGCACCCUUGUCGUGCUUCUGUUCGCGGUGAUCCUGCUCUACUUCGACGACGGGUACGUGGGGUGCACCCUCAAGUCCGCCUCCACGUCCAGCCACCACAGCGGCGUCCUGGCCAUCCUCGAGCGCCUGGGCGGCAUCCGCGCCGCGCUGAGGAAGGCCCCCGAGCCGCUGCACAUGCUCCUCUCCGAGUUCGCGACCACGGACCUCACGACGGCCGUCGUCAGGGGGCGGCCCGCGUCCUUCGCGCCCGGCGUUUGGGACCUCAUCGACCAGGGCCCCGUCUGGUGGGGCCGCGACCCCCUGGGCAGGGUCUCCCUCGCGUCCGUCUUCCGCGAGAUGGCCGCCAUGAGCCUGUACCUGCAGGCGACCGGCGCCAUGGCCGAGGACUUCUCCGUCGGGCGCGUCCGGCAGUUCGAGGCUGCGCUGCGUCCCGUCUACGCGCCGCUGACGAUCGAGGACUGCGGCGGCGGGCAGGGCACGGCCUCGGGGGGGUCGGAUGCCCCCUCGGCCACGGAGAUGGAGGCCGUGCACGCCUUCACGCUCACCCGCGCCUUUCAGCAUGCCGCCCUGCUGUAUCUGUACAGGGCCCUCUGUGGCCUCCCGGCGCGGCACGCCCUCGUCCAGCAGCACGUCAAGUCGUGCCUCGCGUGUGUCUUCGAGAUCCCGCGCCGGGCCAAGGUCAUCAACUGCGUCAUCUUCCCGCUCUUCAUCGCCGGGGCCCACUCCGUGUCCGCGGAGGAGCAGAGGGCGGUGCUGGACAUGACCGGCCUGCUCUACGACGACAUGCGUUUUGCGUCGAUCGAGGCCGUCAAGUCUGUCUUUGAAACAGUUUGGUUUUCUGACUCCACUGACCAGUCUUGGUUUGAUGUCUUUAAACAUCUCAGCCCCCACGCUUUGGUACUGUAA